GAUCUGGCAGGUUGCAACAUGCAUGUGUGGAGUAGGGUUAAUGUGUGUGUGUGUGUGUGUGUGUGUGUGAGCUAGAUUUAGCAUGCUGGCUGCAGUCCUGAGUAAAUGUGUAUCUUUGCGGUUGCUCUUUCAUCACGUUUAUGUUCAGGUUCAAAGGUCGUCCUAUUACACGUCGUAGACGAAGACGAAGAAGCUCUUGCUAAACAAUAAAUGAUGGAGAUGAUCAGGUUGCCAGCACUGCGCCGUGUAGCGGUUUGUGGUGGCACACAUGGGAACGAGAUGGCAGGGGUGUACCUGGUGCCUGAACUGGAGAGACAGCAGAAAGAGAAAGCUGAUGCCGUGGGGUCCAUCCCUCUCACCUUUGUGGUGUCUAACCUACGUGCUGUUAAAGAGUGCAGGAGAUACAUGGACAAGGACCUCAACCGCUGCUUCACCAGUGCCUUUCUCAGCUCUCCGAUCACCUUUGAUACUCCGUACGAGAUCCAGAGAGCUCAGCAGUUAAACUCUCUGUUGGGGCCCAAAGGUUCAGAAGAUGCUGUAGAUAUCAUCUGUGACCUCCAUAACACCACAGCUAACAUGGGCCUGAGCAUCAUCUCCUACUCCUGGAGCAACUGGAUCUCUUUUCAUAUCUUUAAACACGUGCAGGCCAGAGUCCGCACCGUGCCUGUGAGAUUGGUGCUGAUUAAUGUUCCUCCGGGUGAAGCGUACUCCCUGGAGUCAGUCUCUAAGUACGGCAUCUCUGUAGAAGUCGGGCCUCAGCCACAAGGUGUUUUAAGAGCAGACAUCUUCAACAUCAUGAAACAGGGUGUGGACGCCAUUCUGGACUGGGCUGAAACUUUCAACUCAGGGAAAGUACUUGAAGGAGGAGAGGUAGAGGCCUACAUGAUUCAGAAGAGUAUGGAUUACCCCAGAGACCCUAAGACUGGAAAACUCACAGCCGCCAUCCAUCCACAGCUACAGGAUCAAGACUUCUGCCUACUCAAGCGUGGAGAUCCCAUGUUCCUGACGUUCUCCGGAGAGACGCUGACCUACGAGGAAGAGGAACCGCUUCACCCCGUGUUUAUCAACGAGGCCGCGUACUACGAGAAGGGAAUCGCCUUCCAUCUGACGCGCAAGAAGACGCUGAGCAUCCCGAGUAUACAAGCAAAGACGGACUGAGAGACGCUCAUGAAGACAGGACCGGAGAUGACACGCACAAUACCAAAGAUAAUGAUUUCAAUCACUUUCUUAUAAAUCACAAACUCAGGUUUAAAAUCACCACCCUGUGAAUCUUAACCACAAAAUGUGGAACAAAGAAAAAGAAGCAACAAAAUGAUGCAAUAGAUUUCUUACUUGAUUUUUUUAAACAAGCUUUAAUUUUAAACUUUAAAUGGUAUUUUGGGAAAACAAUAUGUAUAUAUUACAAAUUCACCAGAGAUGUUUAUGGAUGUAAGAAUGUAUUUAAUCAUUCCUGUAUACAGACACGCAGCUGUUUAGUCCCAAUCCUGUGAAGUUACUCCUAUUAAACACUCUAUAGUCUACUCUUC